CCCAAAUCUCCCAUGGCUUCUUCCCCUCCCCAGCCACUCACCCGCACCGUCCUCGCCGCUACCCUGCUCCUCCUCUUGCACAAUGCCGCCGCCAGAGCCGACGGCGCGUCGCCGGCGGUGAACCCAUUCACGGCGAAGGCGGCAUUCAUCCGAUACUGGAACCGCAAGGUGCCCAACAACCGCCCGCACCCGGCCUUCUUCGUCGCCAAACUCUCCCCGCUCCCGGCCGCUGACUCCGCCUCCUUCCCAUCCGCGCUGCCCGACAUCCGCGCCAGCCUACCCGCGCUCUGCACCAAAGCCGCGCUCCUCUGCCCCGGGCCGGCUACUACUGAUGCGGCGUCGCUGACAUCGGGCCGCAGGGGCGGGGGACCUUUCAAGGGCUACAACAACGCCAACUUCUCCAACUACGGCACCGGCGGCGUAGCGGGGACCGACUCGUUCCAGAAGUACUCCCCGGACCUCAACAUCGCCGCCGACAGCUUCCGCCGCUACGGCCGGGACUCGUCGGGACGCGCCGACAGCUUCACCUCUUACGAGGCCGACGGCAACGUCGUGACCGCCAACUUCACCUCCUACGCCGGCGGCGCCACGGGUGGUUCGGGCUCCUUCGCCGCCUACGCCGCCGAGACCAACGUCCCGGACUCCACCUUCACCAACUACGACGCCGCCGCCAACGGCCGCGGCCGGAGCUUCGCGUCCUACUCCCAGGAGGCGAACCAUGGGGAGAACGGCUUCUCCGGCUACGGCAAGAACGGCAACGGCGUGCGCGAGACGUUCAAGUCCUACGGCAAUGAGUCCAACGUGCUGGCCUCCGGCUUCGCCAACUACGGGCAGUCCGCCAACGGCGCCACGGACACCUUCACGGGCUACGGCGUGGAGGGGAACGUCCCUGAGAACAGGUUCCGGAGCUACGGCGCCGGCGGCAACGCUGGCGUCGACACCUUCAAGAAUUACCGCGACGACGGCAACGUCGGCGACGACAGGUUCACCUCCUACGCCAAGGGCGCAAACGGCGGCGCGGCGGAGUUCCAGAGCUACGGCAACUCGGCCAACCCGGGCAGCACCAUCUUCAAGGGCUACGGCGAGGGCACCAACCCCAACCACCACAUUGGGUUCAAGGAGUACGCCGGCGAGAACAACACCUUCAAGGGCUAUGCCAAGAGCGGUGUGGACUUCAAGGGGUACCACAACACCACCGUCUCCAGCUCCACCGCCGCGGUGCUGACGGUGUCGGCGGAGGCAGCGGCAUCGAUGCAUCACGAGCACCUGAAGUGGUCGCCGGAGCCCGGGAAGUUCUUCAGGGAGCGGGAGCUCGUGGCCGGGAACCGAAUGCCGAUGCCGGACAUCAGGGACAAGAUGCCGCCCAGGGCGUUCCUGCCCAGGGCCAUCGCCGCGAGGAUACCGUUCGAGCCCAACGCCGUGUCGGAGGCCUUCGGGCUGCCCCUCGACACGGCGCUGGGGAAGGCCGUGGCGUCCACGGUGGCGGAGUGCGAGCGCGCGCCGAGCAAGGGCGAGACGAAGCGGUGCGCGACGUCGGCCGAGGACGUGGUGGACUUCGCGGUGGAGGUGCUGGGCGACGACAUCGUGGUGCGCAGCACGGCGUCCACGGCGGGCGGCGGCGGGCGCGUCCAGCUGGGCGCCGUGGCCGGCGUGGACGGCGGCAGGGUGACGCGGUCCGUGUCGUGCCACCAGAGCCUGUUCCCGUACCUGGUGUACUACUGCCACUCCGUGCCCAAGGUGCGGGUGUACGAGGCCGACAUCCUGGCCGCCGAUGGCUCCGGCUCCGGCGAGAAGAUCAACCGCGGGGUGGCCAUCUGCCACCUGGACACGUCCGACUGGAGCCCGGCGCACGGCGCGUUCGUGGCGCUCGGCGGCAAGCCCGGCGAGGUGGAGGUGUGCCACUGGAUCUUCGAGGGCGACAUGACGUGGACAGUCGCGGACUGAUGGAGUGAGUGACGUUCCUCUCUGCCUGCUUGCAAGAGCACACGACUAAGAAGAACUACUAAGAAGAAUUAUUUUCUCCCUCUCUCUUUCUCUCUCUCGCAAAUUAUUAUUUUUGUCCACUCCUUUCUCGAUCUACCUUAUAUGACGAAGGUGGUAAGAAUUGGUCCAGGAGAAAAAAAAAGGUUUGGCGAACGAUGAGAAUGUUGUAAACUGUAAAUCUUGGGUAGGGGAAUAGCUGGCGAUGUGAUUGCCUUGGAUCAAAUCGCUGCUGUUGUUGUCAUGAUGGUGGUGCAAACAAAGGGAGUUUCUGUUAUUCCAAAACAAAAGCUUGGUGAAAUUUCAUUUCAGCAGUAUAAACUGUAAAGUGGGUGUGCUUCAAGUACGCCGUGUCAUUUUCGGUGUGUGUGUGUAUGUAUGUAGCGGAUCUCGCAGAAGCAAAUAGUUCCUUCCACGGCCUCAUCUCAGAGGAAAAGCGAGCAGCUUGUUGU